AUGAAGGAAACCAACGCCGAACUAAAACUCGAGAUCGAACGGUUAAAGCAUGAAUUAUUAGGAAGCCCCCCAGAAGAAGACAGAGAUGAAAUAAUGGAUGAUAUCCAACUAUACAAGGAUUCCAUAGAUGAGAACAUUGUGGUGCUUGAUCAUCAAAAGGCCAAGAUUCGUUCGAUUGAGUCUGAAUUAUCCAAGAGAGGUAUACCAGUACAUAAAGAAGGGAUAUAUCUAUAA